AAAAUAAAUAAUAGUUAUACACACACUAAUUUAUAAUGUUGACACUUAUAUUUCUAAGGUUACUAUUAUUUUUUUCAAUUUAUGUAGCUGAACCUAUAUAAAUAUUUUCAUCAUUUUUUGUGUCAACAAAUAAUUAUAAAAUAUACAGAUUUAAAUAUGCCCGAAGGGUUCAAAAAGAGUUUAAACAUAUCACUUAUCAAGAACAUAUUAUCUGGAAUAUCAGUUCUAGAUAAUGAUAUGAAUUUCAAUAACCAACCAGCACCGUCAAAACAAUGUGAUUUUGUUAAUUUUAUUGUUGGAUCGCAAGAUGAUAUGGAAGACAAGUCAGUCGUCACGAAGGUAAAAGUAAUUAACGAAAAUAUAUCAUCCACAAAUUCACUAUCAAACUUUUCAAAUUUACCGGACAAUAACUGGUCUAGUUCCUCUUCCCCUGAAUCCGUUUAUAACGAUAAUUACAACGAUCUAUAUCAGACGGAAGAAGAAUUGGAACAUUUCUUAGAUGAUAAGAGAGAACGUCAACAUGAAAUGUUUAUGAAAAAUAAAUCUUUUGUAAAGAAUAAGAUCGGUGAAAAUGAGAUAAAAGUGACAAGUCAUCCAACGGAAAAUUUAGUAAAAAAUGUUUCGUUUAUUACUAGAUGCAUACAGCAACGUCCAAUGGUUUGUUAUGAUUACUCAUGUAAAACAAGAAAUCCCUCAUUCAAACACGUUGAACUUUUGACACCGGUAAAAGAGAAAAAGUGGUCUGAAGAUUACAAAAUGGAAUUACAGUUUCUGCAAGAAAAUUUUUCAGAAGUUUUACCAGAAAUCUUAUACGACGUUGUCAGAAAAACGCGUCACGGAUCCAGUACACUAUAUUGUCUACCACCUUAUAAAAUAUAAAGUUGAUAAGUUAGGCAAUGUCCAGAUGUAUAAACAUUUGUAUUAAAAAUAUAAUUUUGUAAUAUAGAUAUUCAAAAUUCUAGCAUCUAUACCACCGUACUACAUAAUACAUGAUAUAUAUACUAUCCAUACUGUAAUAUGUGUAUAUUGCAACAUAGUUUUAUAAAUAAUAAUAUUUAUAAUAAUAAAAAAAAAAAAUAGAGAAAGGGUGAGAAGGUGAUUUCGAAACUGGAUUACUUAUUUCAUCUAAUAAUCUACUAUCUUAAAGAUAAUUUUUGCAUUUAUAUCUGGUUCGUUUGAUAUAAUAUUAAAUGUGCAUAAUGAGCAUGUAUGGUAUAGUAUUUAUGCUAAGAGUAUACCGGUGUUUAUCUUAGAUAUAUUUAAAAGUCAGUAAAUAAAAUAUAAUAAUAUUAUUAUGAUAUUCUCUGAACCCAACUUUCACUGCUCCAGACGUACUAUUACGUUCCUAUAUUUUAUAAUAUUAUAAUUUCCCGGUAACCAUACAACUUUAGAAAACCAUGCCUCGCAUUGUUUUAAACUUAAAUAUAAGAUCAUAUAUCUCACAAUUAAAAUGUAAAAUUAAAAAAAUAAUUAAUUAAUUAAAAAAAAAAA